ACACCGUGUGGAAGAAAAUCGAUCGUUUCUGUUCUCCGGCGCGAGCGUUCAGUUGUGAAAAAAAAUAAUAACAGAUUAGUCGCGUAUGUCAUAAUAUAAUAUUAGAAUAACACUUAUUUUCAAUAUUUCGACCGUCGUCAGUGGCGGCGGCGUUUGCGUUUUGUGUUGGCCGAGACGAUUUUUUUCCCCAUUCUCGAUAAGACUUGAUUGAUCAGACGAUGCAUCUGUUCGACAGGAAACUACAAGACGUGUUGUUGAGCGGCAGACGAGUUCCGGAAAAAUGGAUAAUCGGCUUCCUCGCCGUGGUCAGCUGUAUCGGUUUGACGCUGACGGUCAUAAAAAUUGGAGGAGGUAUGGGUCUCAUGGAUACGAUGUGUAUGAGCGACGAGUGUCUAUUUUCAGCCGAUUCUAUAAUGAGGUCGAUAGACGUGGACGUUGAACCUUGCGACAAUUUUUACGAAUUUGCGUGCGGAAAAUGGCAGUACAGUCAUCAGCGGGAAAACGGCAAACCCAACAAUUGGUUUGCCGAGAGAUCGCGAGUCAUUUCGGUGGCAGUAACAAAGAUCUUAGAAGAACCGGAUCGUGACACCGAUCUGAAGUCUUUAAAACAAGCCAGACGUCUUUAUAGGACGUGUUUGGAUACAGACACAUUAAACAAUCUGCAGUACGAACCGGUCUUCCAGGUCCUGGAAAAGAUGGGACUUCCGCGGAAAUUUCCGGACUUAACGACUACCAGCUACUUCAACGGUAGCGUUUUCAACGUGGCGAAGAGCUUGGCGCUGAUCGAGCGGUACCUCGGGAUCGAUGCCAUGUUGCAGAUGAGUUUGGAACUGGAUCCGAGUAACAACCGAACAAUCCUCUCUAUUGGGCCUAUCACGAACUUUUUAAUGCCACUGCCUGAACCGCUGUUCGACUACCACCGUAACCGAGUUGGUGGCCAUCGAGCUCGUCGCGGCUUCGCCUUCAUCGAAGAUUUGGCCACCAACCGACUGGUGAAGGCCAAAAUGAAGUACAUGAUGGAGGUAAUCAUGACUAUGUUCCCCUACAAAAUUUUCAGCUCGAAUAUUCUGGCCACAAAUUGCUUCAAAAUCAUCCUUAUGGAAGUGGCAUUAAAGAAAAAUGUAGACACGGAAAAAAAAGGAAAAGAAUAUACAAUCAAUAGCUUAAAGGAUUACAUGCAUUCGAAAACGAAUCACCCAUUGCAUGAGAAAUUGUUUGAUUGGCAAUCGUUUAUCGAUAAUUUUGUCUUGGAAUCAAAUCUCACGUGGAAUAUGGACGAUAAAGUGCUUGUCCAUGAUCCAGAAUAUUUUUUGGAACUCCAAUCGAUGUUAUCAAAAACUUCUCUAGAAGAAAUUCAGCAAUUUAUUUGGUGGAAAGUCGUGGAGGGUUUAAUCUCGCACACUACUACGGACAUGAUAAACUAUAAAGUGGCAUUGAACGAAUUCGCAAUACCUUCGUAUACAAAAAUGACCAGACCAGAAUUUUGUACGGCGGUGUCCAGAGCUUUCGCGAAGGGCCCCAUAGCCUACGAGUUCUACGUUCGAGACGACCUGAAAGUCACUACGGCGAAGGUCAAGACGAUGAUCAAGCAACUACAAAAUGCAUUCGGUGACCUGAUCAAAAAAUCCAAUUGGACGGAUGAGGCGACAAAACAAAUGACUACCCUUAAGGCGAACGCCAUGAAAAUCGGAGUCGGUUACCCGAAAAUAUUUGAAAAGCCGGACGAACUGGACAAAAUCUACGAACACGUCAUUGUCCAAGAAGGCCAGUACCUUAAGACUAUGUUGGACAUCAAAGCCUACGAAAUUAGUUUGAUACUUGAAAAUGUGGGCCAUCCGAUCAACAUGGACGCUCAGAAAUUAAUAACGACGGACCCGUUGGAAGUUAACGCGUUUUACAGUAGAACGGACAACUCCAUCAACAUUCCACCCGGAAUCCUGCAGAUACCGUUUUUCAACAAAGGAGUCGAUGUCGUAAACUACGGUGCCAUCGGUACGAUUCUCGGACACGAAAUCUCGCACGGAUUCGACAUCGAAGGUAAAGACUACGAUAUCCACGGCCGGAAGACUUCGCAGUGGUCGCCCAAAGUGAUACAAGAGUACUUGGUUCGGGCACAGUGUUUCAUCGAACAGUAUGAUAAGUUUAUGUUGAACUCAAACGUAAACCUAAACGGCACGCUUACUUUAGCCGAAAACAUGGCCGACAACGUAGGACUGAAGCAGUCGUGGAGGGCGUACAAAUCGCAAAAUAUCAAUCAAAAAUCCAGUCUGCCAGGACUCACCGAGUACUCCAACGACCAGCUGUUCUUCUUGUCUUACGCAAACGUGUGGUGCCAAAAUUCGGAAGACAAGAAUUCCGAAAACGUCGGCUUUUUCAACUUCGACGAGCACAGCCCCAGCGUCUUCCGGGUGUUAGGCUCACUGAGAAACAGUCCUGAGUUUUCAGAGGUCUGGAAAUGUCCGGUCGGAAGUCCCAUGAACCCUUCCAAGAAAUGCUUCAUGUGGUGAACAGGCCAAAUACACACGACAAUGCAACGCCCACGCCAGGAUUAUGCGCGUACUCGACAAUUAUUAUUAUUAUUAUUAUUAUUGUUGUUACUGUGAUUAUUUUCAUUAGCGUCCAGGCGCUUUGUGUACGUAAUUAUAGUUAUUCGUUUUGUACAAUGAAAGUGAUACGGUAUAAUA